AUGGCCACGACGGCGACACCUUCCACCUGGAAGGGCCAUUCCCAUUCCCAUUCCCAAUCACACUCUCAUGCCGGCCCUCGUUCCUCACGGCCUCUUACCACCCCUCGCCCCAAUCUUGCCGUAACCUCGCCAUCAACCCAUAUGAGAUCGCCAUUCACUCCCAGCCUAAAAACACCUCAGACAAUUAGAGAUGUCAAGAGUCCUAGCCCGAGCUAUUUUGGGUUUGUCGUUGGUGAAGAGUCAAUUCCACGAGAUUCAGGCCCUGGUCCGCACACACGGCAGAAUUGGGAUGCUGCUGCGAGAGAUACGUCGAGGCCGGUGACCCACGAUGAGCGCAAAGUCGACUACGAAGGCUUCCGUCGUCAAUCUGAGAAGAACGUUUCCUUCUCACUGGGUAGUCUUCCGUUGACACGCCCGAGCUCUGUCGAUCCAGCUUCACAGGAUCAAAACAUCGAGUCUCCUGUUUCUCCAAGAGAUGCGAGCUCGAGCGACAAGCCCAGCAGCAAAGCCGCAAUAGCUAAUCAAGCUGACAACCCCUUCUUUCUCGGUAUUCAGAGACAAGAUUCUCCCCUAUCCAUGUCGCCUCGUCACAAUGUUGCUGACGCCAGCCAAGCUCGCUUGUCGCUGCCAGCGCAUGAAAUUCAAAGGUCACUGGAAAAGUCGAAAGUGCAAAGGUCAGAUACGUUGCCACCAUCGGCAACAAAAGAAGUGCAUGCUAUGGUGGCUCCUCAAGAGGUGGCAAGACUUGUAGAACAGAAUCCGGACAAUGUUAUCAUUCUCGACCUGCGGGUUUAUCCUCAAUAUGCCGCAUCUAGAGUUCGGGGUGCUCUCAACCUUUGCAUACCCACCACUUUGCUGAAACGACCAGCUUUCACUAUACAGAAGCUGGCAGACACCUUCACCACAGAUGCAGACAAAAACUCCUUCAGCAAAUGGCGCUCUGCUCAAUACAUUAUAGUCUAUGAUGCUUCUUCGUCCCAGCCAAAAGAGGCUAUCACCUCGUUUACUGUUCUCAAGAAGUUCAACGUUGAAGGUUGGAAGGGUGCAGGCUACGUGAUUAAGGGAGGUUUUGGAGGUGUUCAGAAGCUCACUCCACAACUGGUCGACACAGAAAGCAAGUCCAAUAUACAUCCAAGUGGUCCAGUGGCAGCCGCUCCGCAACCUGGCCUACCUCAACUGCCUGUUGCAGGGGGUUGUGCUAUGCCCGCCACCAAGAACGCGGCAAAUCCUUUCUUUGGCAACAUACGACAGAACAUGGACCUAUUGGACGGUGUGGGACAGAUACCUAUCAAGAAGCCGGCAGGAGUACAAGCAUCCGAGGAGAAGAGGCUGCCGGGUUGGCUCAGAAGAGCUGCAUCGUCGUCGAACGAAGGCAAAGACGUGUCUAACAAGUUCCUCAGCAUCGAGAAACUCGAGCAGAAAAGGAUGCAGAAGGCUCUUUCGGGCUCAGUCCAGUACGGAAACACGUCUCAGCAGAAAAGAUCGGACGAGGUACAAGUUGCUGGAAUUGAAAAAGGCUCAAAGAACAGGUACAACAACAUCUUUCCUUAUGAGCAUUCUCGAGUACGACUGCAGAAUGUACCUUCACACGGAUGUGAUUACGUCAAUGCGAGCUACGUCAAGACAAGCUAUUCAGACAGGAAGUAUAUCGCUACUCAGGCGCCAAUACCGCAGACGUUCGAUGACUUUUGGAGAGUAAUAUGGGAACAGGAUGCUCGUGUCAUUGUGAUGCUGACCGCCGAGGCCGAGGGUGGUCAAGUCAAAAGUCAUGCAUACUGGAAGACAGGAGAUUACGGGCAACUGAAGGUGAAGCAAUUAAGGGAGCAGAAGGUUUCGCUGACUCGCAAGUCUGCCUCAUCUGCGGAUAGUACGCUGAAGAGACCGGCCACUCUCAGAAGACAGACCACAACAAGUGCCACUCCAGGGACUGAAAAGAGGUUCAACUUCGAGCCGUCAGACAUCAAAGCAAGCACGCCAAAGCCUGAGGAGGAACCAGCAGCUAUCAUCAGGCAAUUUACCAUCUCUCAUUCUGCACAGCUUUCACAACCUGCUCGAGAGAUUACACAAAUACACUAUACACAAUGGCCGGAUUUUGGUGCUCCAGCAAGUCCAACGUCGAUAUUGAGUCUCAUAAAACUGGUGGACAAGUUUCAGAGGGACGCAUGCAGUCCGUCGUCUAUGACUUCACCCAGUGAACCCGUUAAUGCGCGGCAGAGGCCUAUUGUCGUGCAUUGUAGCGCUGGCUGCGGCAGAACUGGCACGUUUUGCACGAUUGAUUCAGUCAUCGACAUGCUCAAACGUCAGCGCCUUAACCAGAGUCGAGGUAGAGAUGAUAUGGACAUCGACACCGAGGACGACUGGACCAAGCGGGAUGAUAUCGACCUCGUUGCUAAAGCCGUCGAAGAUUUUAGAGGCCAAAGAUUAAGCAUGGUGCAAAAUCUCCGGCAAUUCGUGCUAUGCUAUGAAAGCAUUCUCCAAUGGCUGCACGAUGAGAACACGAAGUGA